GAGCCCAGGGCUUUAAAGCCCGUUGUCUCGGGGUGAAGGGGAGGGGUGUGGAGGCUCCUAGAGACAGCCCCUGGGACAGGAAUUUCAGUGCAGUUUACGGAGGACCAGGAUGUGUCCUCAGGAGGAAGGAGUGAAGAGAGCAAGACAGGGCCAGAAGAGCUGAGCAGGGGCAUGGGCUCAGCCUGACCCCCGGUGCUGCAGUGGGAACUGCACCAUGGAGUUGGUCUCACCCUCUGUACCCCAAGUCAGUCACUGGUUGCAGGCUGGGGGUGGGGACUUCCGACCUCCUGGGCAAGGCUGCUCAUUCCCACUGUCCCCAGAGCGACUCUCCAGAGAAGGGGCUGCUCUGAGCCUGCAGCAGCUACACUUCCAGCUGCCCACAGAGGCAAGCUGGGUGAGGCUCCAACAGCCUCCUGGGGCAGGGGUUCAAUCUGGGCCCUUCCGGGGUCUCUGCAAGUCUGUGCACCUGGUGCUCGUUCUGUCCCUGGGGAAGAGCAGUGCCCCGCAGUCCUGUCUCCCAGCCCACAGGACCCGGGAGGGCCCCCUACGGCCCCUCAGCACAGCCCCUCUGGCACAGGCCUUGGAUGGGAACCUGACGGUGGCCCAGCACACACAGCUGGUCCUCACGCUCCUGCAAGGGCUCUGCAGCCGCGACAUUCUGCGCUGCAACCUGGCCGCGGAGCUGCUCCUGAUGAUCGUCGAGGGUUGGAGCGUCAAGCCGGAGCAGGUGGCUGAGAUCCUGCAGGGCCUGUUCCAGGAGCUGCCCUGCAUCAUCUUCAGGGAUGUCCUGCAGACCAUGAUGAAGGCUGUGACGCUGCUGGGGACCCAGCACACGCAGCAGACUGUCGAGGUGAUGCUGUCCCUGUGCCACCCCUCAGAGAGGUAGGGCACCUGCGCCCAUGGCCCAGACAUGAAUACCUGUCUGUUCCCCGUGGUCCACCCUCCAGUCCACGGACCCUUUCCGGACAGACUCCACUCUAGGGAACGCAGAAGGGUACAGGAGCUCCGGCCCAAUUCCGCCCUCCUUCCUAGAUGCCAGGACCAGGGCCGGGGGAUCUCUGAAGAUGCCGCUGGCUGAGGGGUUAAGGUGGAGGCUCCAGAAGUCCCAGAAGGAGGGCUUUCGGUGUGGGAGUGUCCCUCGGACUCAGAGCUCCCAGAGGCAACCGGCAGAACAGCCGGCGGGGUUACAGGACAGCCCCAGACAGUUCCUGCCAGCUGCCUCUGGGCCCUAAGCUCACAGUCCCAGUCGCCCCUACUGUGGCGUCUCCAAGCUGCACCAUUCUGACUGCAGACGCAGGAACAGCAACAUCUGAGAGCUCGUUAGAAAUACAGCCUCAGGCCUGGCCCAGCCCAGUCGAGUCAGA